GAGAACUUGGUUGGCGUUACGUGUGAUGCUUUGAAAGUCUGACUAUAGUUUUUGGGGUUGUUAUUUUGAGAGGAUGUUUACCGUCGGUGUAAAGUGUGAUACCUUAUCUUGAAAACUUUGUCUACUACAAUUUUGAAUUACGGAUAAUACUGUACUAAACGUUUACUAAACCUCUGGCAAUCAAAAAGGAUGUGUUAUAUAUAAGUGACUGAAUUCAGAGAAAAACAACAUCAUAAUUACAAAAUGUGAGAGAGAGCCGGUGAUAUGGGGUGAAGAAAUACAGAUAAAUAAAGAGAACCCAUUUUAGUGACGAGAAGUGUUACUCAGCUGAUAAAAGGAGGAUGAAUGUGGUUGCUAGUCAGUCAUUCCGCAACAGGAAAUGAAAAGAGUCGAGGAAUUCUGAGUGUCUGAGGGCUUACUCUCCAUCGGUGUCCCUGAAGCUUGAAGAUUCUCCCCAAGAAAGAGGUUUCUUAAACAACAUGACCAUCACUUACACGCAUAAGGUUUCCGACUGCAAGGGCUUCGGGUCCUUUUGGAGGCUUCUGUUUAGAUGGAAAGGGAGUCUCUACAAAUUGGUUUGGCCUGACACCCUGGUCUACUGUUUCCUGUAUUUUAUCUGUUCCAUGGUCUAUAGAUUUGCCCUGGACGAUGAACAGAGAAGGAUCUUCGAACACCUCUCCCUCUACUGCGACUACUUCAGGAAUCUCAUCCCGAUCUCCUUCGUCCUGGGCUUCUACGUGAGCGUCGUCGUGCAGAGGUGGUGGGAGCAAUACCUGUCUAUCCCUUGGCCUGAUAACUUCGCACUAUUUUGCUCGUCCUAUAUCAGUGGCCAGAACGGGCCUCCACGCCUGAUAAGGUCGACAAUGCUAAGAUACGUGAAUUUAAACUGCGCUCUGAUCUUCGCCAAAAUUUCCCCGAAGGUCAAGAAAAAAUAUCCAUCUUAUAAGGAUCUGAAGGAAGUUGGAUACCUUACCUCCAACGAAAUGAGGAUUCUAGAGGCCCAAGGAUCGAAGUCCAGCGUCCCCGUGGUGUUCCUGCCCAUCCUGUGGGCGUGCAAGCUGGUGGAGCGAGCCAGGGCGGCGGGUUACAUCAAGGACGACUUCGGCGUGAAGCUCCUGCUGGAGGAACUGGGUAAUCUGAGGAACAAGAGUGGGAUGUUGCUACGCUGGACGGAGAUCAGCAUUCCUCUCGUGUACACGCAGGUGGUGACCAUGGCUGUGUAUUCGUUCUUCUUCUUCUCCGUCUUGGGUCGCCAGUUCCUCGACCCGGCGCAGAACUACAGCAACCGCACCAUUGAUUUCUUCGUGCCCGUGUUCACCCUGUUGCAGUUUUUCUUCUACAUGGGCUGGCUCAAGGUGGCCGAGUCGCUGGUGAACCCGUUCGGAGAGGAUGACGACGACUUCGAGAUGGAUAAGAUUCUCGACCGCCAUCUCGAGAUGUCUUACCUCCUUGGGAGCAUCACGACCCUGGAGGACCCGACCGACCAGGAGGACAUGUGCCGGGACAAGGCCUUCUCGCAGCACCUCGACGACGGAGAUCUCGGCCUCUUCAGCACCCCGACGCGCCCUCCGAGGCCCUCCUUCGCCAAGAAGGAACAGCUGAUCAAAAGGGCGUCGUCGGGGAGUCAGCCGGACGCUCCAAGCAGGCAGCAGAACCUCCUCAGCAGACAGCACUUGACUCUCGAUAUCCAGACGGAGUCACCGAAGGGCGGGGCUUCCUUACAGCAGCGAGGACGACGGCUGAGUCAAGGUCAGCCUGCUAUUAAGGAGGACCUCCUGUCUGACGAAGGGGAAGACGCGGAGAGCGAGGGAUUGGCCCAGACUCCGACGUCUCAGAAUAGGAGUCCCUUUGACUUCAUGUGGGAGGAAAUGGAUGUGAGUCCUACAAGUGAGAUUCUGAGUCCUAGCAGACCAGUGAAGCAAUCCUCAUCGCUGCCUCCGGGCUUCGAUAACAAACCGCCCCUGGGAGUGCCCGAGACCGCUUCAGACCCGAAGACCAAAGCCAAAGGACACGUGAACCCAGGCUUCGAACCAACGAACCCAAGAGCAUCCCCGUCGACCUUCGGGAACCACGUCGAGGGCAUCACCAACCCGAGGUAUUCUCCCGAAGUGCCGUCGUCAUACCCUCCCGAGGGCCCUGCGAACGAUGCCCACCUUCGGGCCGAUACCCAGCGACUCCACGCUCCGGGGGAAGGUCACAUGGGCGCCCUCAGGAAGGUCCCGAGUAGUCCCUCCAGUCUCGCGCAGAGGAAAUGAGAACUGAAGUUUGCAAAAGAAGUUUUCUCUCCUCUUACCUCUGAAGUUGCCUCCCCUCGGCGCCCACACAACUACGCCCACCAGAGACACCCUUCACACUACACCCCACUGGAUAAGGUGUACCUGCAUGUCCUUGCAAGGAGCCGGAUAGGUGUGCGCUUCAUUACGACUCUCACACACCUUUCUUGGCAGGCCUACUUGGGCACCGCAGGCCUGUUUAGGUUCUACAGGCUUACUUAGGCACUGCAGGCUUACUUAGGCACUGCAGGCUUACUUAGGUACUGCAGGCCUACUUAGGUUCUACUGCCUAUUUGUUUAUCUCGCAGCCCGAGAUGGAUUCUUAUCACCGUCACUAAAAGUGUACUAAUAAGAUGUAUAUUUUAUUCCAUAUAAGGUUUAACAGAGCUAAUGUAUCACAGUUACAGAAUGUAACAGUAUAUUAAGGUUGACAAAAAAACGACUAAAGUCAAAAUCUAUGUGAAAAAUAUAUGUAAAAAUAUGUUUCUUCGUCAUGUUCUUGUCUCGGUAAUUCACCAAGAAAGAAAUCGGUGAAGAAAAAAAAAUAUAUUUAUUUGUGAUUCAUGAUGAUCCAAAUGUAAACAAAAGACGACAUAUUGCCGUUAUUCUUAUUCUUAUUAUUUUGUUUGUUUGUUUGUUGUCAUUAUGAUACCGAAUAGGGGGAAUUUAUAACAGGUUUAACUGUUUGCACGAUGUUAUAUAGAGGUAAUUAUCAUAAAGUUUUCAUGAAAUCCAAAA